AUGUCCCCGGUGCACAGCGCAGCCCCUCCCUCCUCCACCCCGCACCGCUCCGUGGAUCAUGGAUUAGCGAUGGACGCAGAGACGCGCUGCCCGCUCCCCAGCUCCAGGAGGACGGCCACGGCCAGUAACUCUCCCCGCAGCACCCCCGGCAGCUCUCCGUCUCUGCGGCGAAGGGUCCUGGGGGGCGGCAGGACGAGCGAGGGCGAAGGAGGUGGAGGAGGAGGUGGAGGAGGAGGUGGAGGAGGAGAGAGGACCAGCGUAGGAGGAGGUUCAGAAAGCCCUCUCCCCUCUGCCACCUCUGCCUCCUCCAUCUCCUCUGCCUAUCCCAUCGCCUCAAGACACUUCUCACGCAAUGCCAAGAAAAUGCAGAGCUGGUAUAAUGUUUUAAGUCCCACAUACAAACAAAGAAAUGAAGAUUUUCGCAAGAUUUUCAAAAAGCUUCCAGACACAGAGCGCUUGAUAGUCGACUAUUCUUGCGCUCUGCAGAAGGACAUUUUACUUCAGGGUCGUCUGUAUUUGUCAGAGAACUGGCUGUGUUUCUACAGCAACAUCUUUCGCUGGGAAACCACGAUCACUAUCCUGCUGAAGGACGUCACCUCUCUCACCAAGGAAAAGACUGCCAAGCUCAUCCCAAAUGCCAUUCAGAUCAGCACUGACAACGAGAAGCACUUCUUCACCUCUUUCGGAGCCAGGGACCGAAGCUUCAUGAUGAUUUUCCGUCUGUGGCAGAACGCACUGAUGGACAAGUCGUUGUCGCCGAAGGAGCUCUGGCACAUCGUACAUCAGUGUUACGGCACCGAGCUGGGUCUCACGAGCGAAGAUGACGACUACGUCUCCCCCACCGGCGAACACAUGAACGGACUACUGCCAGGGGACGAGUCGGUCUCCGUCACGGACUUGUUGGACCUGAGCACCAUGACCUCCACAGGCAUCUCUCCGCCUCCCCUCCUGAUGCCCCCUGUGCAGUCUCCUUCUUCCAGCAGUCUGGGAGCACCGGCCUCUCCCUCCGCCACCUCCUGCCUGCCCAUAGAGCUGCCUUCUACACACAGACUGAGCCUCGACCCGCCAGACCCCAGUCCUCCCACUCCCCUCAGCUCGGCUCCCACCACCUCCUCCUCCGCUCCGGCCUCGGCUACUACCUCGUUUUAUCUGGAGGAGGGUGGGGACAGCCUGUCAGAGUUCAGUCCUCAGAUGCAGCCCGUGCCCACCACCACCACCACCACCACCUCCGCCACCGCCAGCCUGGGAAACCUGUCAUCACUGGACAUCACCAACGAUGAGGACCUGCCCACAGACCCCAGCAACUCCUCCGACACGCAGGAAGAGAGUGAAGUGGAGUCGUUCUGUGCCAACCUGGCGGGUCGGCUGCACAUAAACACAGUGGUUCGCAUGAGCGUGGACAAGUUGCACGACCUCCUCUUUUCCGCGGACACACACUUCAUCCAACAUCUCUUUUCCCAGAGACACUUCACUGAUUUGUCGGUGGGCGAGUGGCAGCAGGACGGCAGCACGGGGAACACCAGCCGAGUUCUGAGCUACACCAUCGCCCUCAACAACCCGCUCGGCCCCAAGACGGCGCCCGUGGUCGAGACACAGACGCUGCAUCGGAGCAGUGUUCGUGGCGAGUGUUUUGUGGUGGACUCUGAAGUCAUCACCUCCGGGAUCCCGUACCAGGACUACUUCUACACCAUCCACCGAUACUGCCUCACCUCCGUCAGCAAACACAAGAGCCGGCUACGGGUUUCCUCAAACAUCUGCUACAGGAAGCAGCCGUGGAGCCUGGUCAAAGCCCUCAUCGAGAAGAACACCUGGAGCGGCAUCGAGGAGUACUAUAGACACAUGGAGAGUGAGGUGUGCAAACUGGAGACUCUGCUCCAGACCGAAGUGUCCGUGGUGACAACCGGCGACCCCGCGGGACCCGACGCCGCCAAGACGCCCCCGUCUCUACGACGACGCAAGCGCACAUGCUCCAGGCGCCAAGGCGACCGGGAGCGAGACAGGGAGGGCGGGGCGCUGGGGGGAGGAGGAGUGGGGGACCGGGGCAUUGGAGAGGACCGAGACCGAAGAGAGACCAGUUCCCAGUUUAUGAAACUCGGAGAGCGGUCGCGAGGCGGAGUCCAAAACAUAUCCACCAUCCUGCUCAUCGUCAGCUUCAUGAUCUGUAUCAGGGAUCCAGGUCCAAAGGAGCCGCUGGACGCCAUCUUCACGGACAUUCUGACUUUUGUCAAAGAGCAGCUGCAGAGGCUCCAGAAGCAACUGGCCACAGAUUACCCAGAAUGCCCUGAGAGUGAGGAGCAGAGCAGCAGAGAGGUUCUGAACAUCACCCUGGACUUCCUGAGGAGGAUGAAGCAGGAUCAGCUGGUCCUGCGCCUGCAGAGCAGAAGCAUUGUUGGAGUUUGUAGAGAUGAACUGAAGAAGCAUUUGCAGCAGAGGUUCACCCAAUCAGACCUGCAGGAGUUUGACUUGAGGAAAUACUUGGCCUCAGAGACAGCUCUCCUGGGUCUGCUGCCGGUGGUCAAAGCCUCCACCAAAGCCCUGUUGAGGGAGUGUGGACUGUCCCCUCGCAGCUGUGGUCCUCUGGCCUCAGUCCUCUGCUCCUCCAGUCUCACACACCUGGAUCUGAGUAACAACGACCUCCAAGACUCAGGAGUAGAACUGCUGUGUUCUGGACUGAAGAGCGCCCCCUGUGGACUACACACUCUCAAGCUGUCUGGAUGUCUGAUCUCAGAGAGGGGCGGGGCUGCUCUGGCCUCAGCUCUAAGCCCCACCCCCUCCCAUCGAAGCCCCGCCCUUUCCGAUCUGAGAAAGUUAGACCUGAGCUACAACCAUCCAGGAGGUUCAUCAGAGCUGCUUAAGGCUCUACAGGACGAUCCAAACUGCCCCCUGCAGGAACUCAGGUUGGACCCUGGUGGAGAACAGUGGAUGGUUCCAGGUCUGAGGAAGUAUUACUCAAAUUCCAAUCUCUCAGGUCGAGUGUCUGUGUUCCUGGACACUGAGGCUGGAUCUCUGUCCUUCUAUGAGGUCCUCUCGUCUAAGGAACUGUCCCACCUCCACACUUUCAACUCCUCCUUCACUGAGCCUGUGCUGCCUGGGUUUGGACUCAAAAGUGUAGGCUACCCCCAGGGAGACUCUCCAGGGAACUACCCCAGGCGAGAACUCACAGAAAUCCACAGGGGGCGCUCUUUUUACUGGACCUAA